AUGGCGGACCUCUCGGCGCUCGCCCGGCGCGCCGCCUCCCAGGGCAUCGACAUUCUCCUGCUGCCGGAGGCGUACAUUGGCGGAUACCCGCGCGGGACGCACUUUGGCUGCGUCAUCGGCGACCGGACCGAGCAGGGACGCGAGGAGUUUGCGCGGUACUUUGACGCCGCCGUCGACUUUGGCGACACGGUCGGCGAGGGCGGCGCCGGAGCGGGUGCCCGAUGGGUCAAGAAGGAACUCUCCUCGACGGCCGAGGGCGUCCAGAGGGGCGACGGCACGCGGGAAAGGCUCGAGGACAUUGCGCGCGAGACGGGCGUGUUCGUGGUGACGGGAGCCAUCGAAAAGGCCGGCGGCAGCAUGUACUGCGCCGUCGUCUACGUCUGUCCCACCGAGGGCAUCAUCGGCAAGCGUCGCAAGGUGAUGCCGACGGGCACGGAGCGGCUCGUCUGGGCUCAGGGGUCGCCGGCGACGCUCGCCGCCGUCAGCACCACGAUCCGCGGCGUGCGCGUCAACAUGGCGGCGGCCAUCUGCUGGGAAAACUACAUGCCGCUGCUGCGCCAGAGCCUGUACGCGCAAAACGUCAACCUCUACCUCGCGCCGACGGCCGACGGCCGGGAUUCGUGGCUGUCCCUGAUGCGGACCGUCGGCAUCGAGGGGCGCUGCUUCGUCGUGAGCAGCAACAUGUGCGUCCGGAAGCCGUCGGCCGCGUCCGGGGCCGUGCCUUCGCAACGGCAGCGGAGAAGCUCCGUCGUCGAGGAGGAAAACGGGAUCGAGAUUGCACUGCCCUGCUCGGAAACGCUCGACAAGCGCCCCCGCUGCGUCCGCGACAACGGCUUCGAGAUUGCCCUCCCCUCGCAUUCCCAGGAGCAGCAGAAGGAGCAGCAGGCGGAGGGGCAGCGCGGGCACAAGCUUCAGCAUCGAAAGUCCGUCUUCGACGAGGACGGCAACGAGAUUGUGCUGUGCUGCAACGAAGACGACGGCGAGAGCCAAGCCAACGGGCAGAAGACGACGGCGGCGGCCGACGCCAAGACGCAGGCGAACCGACGCAAGUCCGUCUUCGACGAGGACGGCAACGAAAUCGUGCUCUGCUGCAAGCACGUCGACGGCACGGCCCAAGCAGCCAACGGCGAGGCCAAGAACAGGAGCGCGCGGUCGAGGCACGGCACCGGCCGGGACCCGUCCUCCUUCGUCUGCCGCGGCGGCUCCUCCAUCGUCUCGCCCUUUGGAGACGUUCUCGCCGGUCCGCAGUGGGACGACGACGACGGCAUCAUCCACGCCGACGUCGACAUGCGUGACUGCGUCAGGGGUAGGCUGGACUUGGACAACGCGGGGAGCUAUUCGCGAAACGACUCGUUUCGUCUCACCGUGCAGGGGCUCGAUCUGGAUCCCCUACCCUAUUGA